AUGGGGGAAUGGACUAUACUAGAGAGGCUCCUGGAGGCUGCUGUCCAGCAGCACUCUACUAUGAUAGGAAGGAUCCUACUAACAGUGGUGGUCAUCUUCCGGAUUCUUAUCGUAGCAAUAGUUGGAGAGACUGUCUAUGAUGACGAGCAAACCAUGUUUGUUUGUAACACCUUACAGCCGGGCUGCAACCAGGCAUGCUACGAUAAGGCAUUCCCCAUUUCACACAUUAGGUACUGGGUUUUUCAAAUCAUCAUGGUUUGCACCCCGAGUCUUUGCUUUAUCACAUACUCGGUGCACCAGUCGGCCAAGCAGAAGGAGCGCCGCUACUCGACGGUCUACUUGACGCUGGACAAGGAUCAAGACUCGAUGAAGCGGGACGAGAGCAAAAAGAUUAAGAACACCAUCGUGAACGGAGUUCUCCAGAACACGGAGAACUCCACCAAGGAGGCCGAGCCGGACUGCUUGGAAGUCAAGGAGAUUCCCAACUCGGCCAUGAGAACUACUAAGUCCAAAAUGAGGCGGCAGGAGGGCAUCUCGAGGUUUUACAUCAUCCAAGUGGUCUUCAGGAACGCGCUGGAGAUAGGCUUCCUGGUGGGCCAGUACUUCCUGUACGGGUUCAACGUGCCGUCGGUGUACGAGUGCGACCGCUACCCCUGCAUUAAAGACGUCGAGUGCUACGUGUCGAGGCCCACGGAGAAGACGGUGUUUCUGGUCUUCAUGUUCGCGGUCAGCGGCUUUUGCGUGGUCCUCAAUCUGGCAGAACUCAACCACCUCGGCUGGAGGAAAAUCAAAACGGCCGUGCGGGGCGUGCAGGCUCGGCGGAAGUCCAUUUACGAGAUCAGAAACAAGGACUUGCCAAGGAUGAGUGUGCCCAAUUUCGGCCGCACUCAAUCCAGUGACUCUGCUUAUGUGUAA